AUGACGGCAGCAGAAGCUGAAGCAGGAGGUGGCGGGAAAGUUGCAGGAACAGCGGAGCCGGGAGAAUCUAAGAAACAGCGACGGGGGUGGGGGAAGGCACGCUCCACGUCUGCGGGUGCUGCCGCCGACACCGCCGAAAAUGUCAACCAUGCCAAAGACGCGGGGGAAAGGAACGGGAGAACGGACGAGCACCGCCCGCGCAAGAAAACACGGUCACGGCAGAAGAACAUCCGCAAGGAUAAACGACCCGCGGACAAAAGACCAGCCUAUCUUCGCGCCGGGGACCCCGAGUUCAGCGGGCGCGGCCUCACCGAAGAGACUCGGAAGUUUCUAGGCCUUCCGCAAGACGACUUCGGAGAUGCACCACCGGCGGGGUGGGGGAAGCCCGGGAAAGUCGGGCCAACGGCUAGCUGGGUGAUAGACAAGAAGCCAAGGAGAUUGCCGAAGCACCUGGAACCGGAUGCCGGCGAUGAGGGGACGAAUGCGGCGACGACGAGCGCGGCCGCUUACACUGAUGCUGGGCGGAAAUCGACACCUGCUGCUCCGGACGCUACUCCUUCUUCCACCGGCAAAUCUAAGUACAAGAACCUGAGUUUGGCGCCCGGUGGCAAAACCAGCGCCAACGAGAAGAAGAGAGCUAAGGGCGGCCAUGGUCGUGGCGGGACCGGCGGUGUGACAAGCAAGACAUCAGAGAAGAACGACACCAAUGGCCAAGACGGAGUUUGA